UCCGCCUCGCAUCCAGAUCAUGAUACUUGGCUUGAAGCUUUAACCAUCUUUAUGAUCCCUCCUCCAUCUAUGGCGAACUAUAGCCAUGCAGGGGACCACAACAUCUUGCAGAAUGUCUCUCCCCUUGUCACAUUCCUUAAACUAACCUCCUUGGGCUUUAUCAUUGGCGUCGGUGUGGUGGGAAACCUCCUGAUCUCCAUCCUGCUAGUCAAAGACAAGAGUCUGCACCGUGCGCCCUAUUAUUUUCUUCUGGACCUGUGUGCCUCGGACAUCCUGCGCUCGGCCAUCUGCUUUCCUUUUGUGUUCACCUCGGUCAAGAACGGCUCAGCGUGGACCUACGGCACGCUCACUUGCAAAGUGAUUGCCUUCUUGGGCGUGCUCUCUUGUUUCCACACAGCCUUUAUGCUGUUUUGUGUGAGCGUCACACGCUACCUAGCCAUCGCCCAUCACCGCUUUUAUACCAAGAGGCUGACCUUGUGGACCUGCCUUGCUGUAGUGUGCAUGGUUUGGACAUUGUCAGUGGCUAUGGCUUUCCCACCAGUACUGGAUGUAGGAACGUACUCGUUCAUCCGUGAGGAGGACCAGUGCACGUUCCAGCAUCGUUCGUUCCGUGCCAAUGACUCACUGGGAUUCAUGCUGCUGCUCGCCCUGAUUCUUCUGGCCACCCAGCUUGUCUACCUCAAGCUCAUAUUCUUCGUCCAUGACAGACGCAAGAUGAAACCAGUCCAGUUUGUUCCUGCUGUCAGCCAAAACUGGACCUUCCACGGCCCAGGGGCUAGUGGGCAGGCAGCCGCUAACUGGCUGGCUGGUUUUGGCAGAGGCCCAACGCCCCCGACCUUGCUUGGAAUUCGACAGAAUGGUAACGCUGCUGGACGUCGCCGCCUCCUGGUGUUGGAUGAGUUUAAGACGGAGAAGAGGAUUAGCCGGAUGUUUUACGUGAUGACCUUCUUCUUUCUCAGCCUGUGGGGGCCCUAUUUGGUGGCGUGCUACUGGAGAGUGUUCGCCCGUGGCCCUGCCAUGCCUGGAGGCUAUCUUACGGCGGCAGUGUGGAUGAGCUUCGCCCAGGCUGCUGUCAACCCAUUCAUCUGCAUUUUCUCCAAUCGCGAACUCAGACGCUGCUUCAGCACCACGCUUCUCUACUGCAGAAAAUCCAGGUUACCAAGGGAACCCUACUGUGUUAUAUGA